AUAAUAAUCUAUCAGAGAAUCAAAAAGGGUUAAGUUGAAUUUGAUAGAUAAAUUGUUUUCGUUACUAGUUGGCGUGAAUCUGUGAUCCAAGCGAGCAUCGCCGAAUCGUAAUUGUGGUACACCCAUAACGUGUUUGUUAAAAUUACUCAAUCAAUUCGAUUAUCAUUUCAUUUCUCUGUAGGUUUUCUACCUUUAAUCCCUAAUUCCCAUUCACAAUUCUUAGUUAUAGCAAUUAUCAAACUGUGUAAAUAAAUGUUACUGGUUGCUGCUGCUUGGUUUUUCCAAGUAUAUCAUCAUAUAUGUGCUGGGAAUUAAGUGGAAAGUACUCCAUGGUAAAGCCGAAAGGGUCUAAUCAGUCUAAAAUAUGCUAUAGGCCUAUUCGACCUUCUGAUCUUGACGUAUUAGAGCGUAUCCAUGGUCGAUUAUUUCCCAUCAGGUAUGAAUCUACUUUUUUUCAAGAUGUGGUCAAUGGACGGGAUAUUGUAUCGUGGGGAGCAGUUGAUCUUAGUCGACCGAAUGGCCAAAGUGACGAACUCAUUGGAUUUGUAACAGCACGGAUUGUUCUUGCAAAAGAAAGUGAGAUAGUAGAUUUGCUUGGAUAUGACUCUGCCAAAUCUGAUCAGACCUUAGUGUAUGUUCUAACACUGGGAGUAGUGGAAGCAUAUAGGAGCCUUGGAAUAGGUAUUAUUAGUCGUUUGUUUUGUACUUUAAUUUUGUUGAAAUCCUCCAGUAAUAUAAUUGAUAAUCUAAUAUGCGCCUCAUCACCAGCUUCUUCUCUGAUUCGGGAGGUCGUAAAAUAUGCUUCAAGCAUUCCCACAUGCCGAGCAGUUUACUUGCACGUAAUUUCUUUCAAUAUCUCAGCAAUCAAUUUGUACAAGAAAAUGUCUUUCAAGUGUGUUAGAAGGCUGCAGGGAUUUUAUUUCAUCACUGGCCAACACUAUGAUUCAUUUUUAUUCGUGCACUACGUAAAUGGGGGACGGUCUCCUUGUUCGCCAUUAGAGCUUCUCUCUGCAAUAAUAAGCUAUAUGAAGAGCGGCAUUAAGGCAGUGGCUGCGAAGCUGUGCAAGAACGAAGUUAGGAAGAUCUCAAGGUGGGAAAAGUGUAAAGAAAGUCAUUCUCUUGUCUCACUUUCAACAAUACCCAACAAAAGAAACAUGGCUGUCGAGUGUACUGGUUGUGAGUUUGUGUAAUUUUUUCUUGUUAGUUUUAUGUUUCCUAUAUUACUCAACCUCACUUAUAAUUCUCUCUAGAAAGGUGCCAAAAUUAUAGUACUUGUUCUGUCAGAAUAAAUGCAAUCCUGAGAUGAAACCAAAAAUGUAGGCCAUACAUAUAUAUAAUGUAAAAAGUGUUUCAACAAAUUCUUUUA